UACAACACCCAGCUGACAUCACCUUUAACACUUCACUGAACUUUCUCCAGACAAAGAAUGAAACAAAUGAAGGAAAACACUGUAAGGAGAACGUCUUAAACUUUUGACAGAAAAUGACGAAAUGAAAUCCUUUUAUUUUAUGUUUGUACUUACAGCAGGGUGUAUAAAGCUUUGUAAAGGGAUUACAGAAUUUCGAUGUACAAAUAAAAAUUCAAGUGAAGCACAAACAGUUGCUUUGAAGUGCCCUCCAAAUUUGUAUAUCAAUGUAAAGGAGGCGCUGUAUGGGAGAAACCAGUGGGAUGACUGUCAGUAUUUUGUGGGCAACUGUACAGAAGUGUUCAAUGUUGACGACCAGUGUUGUGGUAGAAAUGACUGUAGUUUAGUUGUAAGGAAGAUUUAUUCUAUAAAGUGUUUGGCUUAUGUAUCCUUCUUCAGAAUCAUUUACGAAUGUGAAACAGCUGAGGAAUCAACAUGUAGUGUAAAUGGAAACAGUAUCCAAGAACCAGGAAAAGAUAGAGAGCAAUCGAACGAACUUUCUCCAACAUUUCCUGAUUUUGUAGGUCCAACAUCAGACUCGACAGCUGUCUCGAAAGAUGUUUUUAUCAUUGCUGGUUCUGCUGUUACAGUGGCCGUUCUAUUGGCAGCUAUUAUAGCAGCGAUAUUUUUACUAAGGAAAUACCAAUGGCAUGGUGAAAAGCAGUGUCUUCUGGAGAUAUUUGUGGGACUAUGUAAGCGUCAUCCUCCAGAUGGAUGUGAAUAUCCCACAGAAACAAGUAUCAACAUAAAAGAUAAAAGUUCAUUAAACCAGAUCCAACAGGUUAUCACCAUAGAAACCAUAACAAAUGCUGGCACAAUAAAUAAAGACAACAAAGUGAAUAGUCCAAGACCUGUCAAUCAACAACUAAAUACCGAUAACAGCAUACACACGUCAUGUGAGAAAACAAACCAACACAUUACUAACUUGGGUAUAACUAAUGAUCCUGUAUAUAAUGAAAAAGGUCAAAAUGUGAAAAUCGACAAUAUUUGUUAUGACAAUCAAUCAAUCCAUGGAAUACAUUCAGUAAAUUCAACAGCAGAAGGUAUAUUUACUGAUGUGUAACAUCAAACCAAUUACCAUUGCCAUUUGAAUAGUCUAAUGACAGCAUAAUAUGUUAUCUUUGACUUAUUACAGUAUGUCAAUUAUGCAAUGUGUCCAGUUUGCUGAAGGGUUCAGUUCUGAAAUCAAGACAUUUAUUUACUUCUUGUCAUUGGUAGUGAUCCAAAGAACUGAUGCCUUAAUCAUGAUAAUCAAAGACUCAAGAGUUAAAAAGAAUCAGAUUGAACUAAUGUGAACAAGCUAACUACAUGUUUAUAACUAUUCUCUAUGUACUUUCUUAUGUCUGUAGCUGCUCCUUUUAAAUAUUUUAUUACAGCUUG